UUUUGUGAUGUAUGCUCUUGACAGUUAUCUGUUGAAUAAAUUAAUAAAAAAUGCAUGCAUCUUUUCGAUGUAGAGGCUAGGUACUCCCUCUAUUUCGAAAAAAAGUAAUAUUUCCUGGUAGUUGGAACUUGGUACUUUGAAACUGGCUUGCGUUAUUCCAAAGCUGCUUAUGACGCUGGUUAUUGCAAGUGGCAGAGUAGUUGACUUUGACAGAAGCAGAGCAACCCGGCCGGUGGCACUCUGGCAGAGUAGUUGAGAGAAGUUUAACUAUCCAGAGUCUUCAGACAAUGUUAAGGUAGCUGGGCUGUAGCUGGGUCAGACAGAUAAAUAGGCAUACAAGCCUGGAGCCAGGCGGCAGCCAUCUCAUCACCGAUCUAAGCUAGAAGGAGAAGAUGGCAAUUGCUCCACGCUCGUCUCUGCGCUCCCUGGUGCUUGUCAUGUCGCACAGGAAGCCACGGGUGAGCUCUUUCUUCUCCUCCUCCCCCGAUGCUCCGUUGCCAGGACAUUGUACUCCGGAUGCGCCUGCCGUUCAGCCUCUAGCCGCUCCAGUUCCGCCAGACUCUUCGAGUCGCAAGAGCCCUCCUCAUGAAGAGUCGCCUAUUCAUCCACUUCCCGGUCCACCACCUAAAAAGGGUAAUGCUGUAACAGAGAGUUCACAGAACCCGGAGCAGCCUGUUCUUUUUCCAUGCACCGUCGACGAAGAUCCUAAACACCCAGCUCCGCCGGAACGUUCAAGUAAUAGGUGCGCUGAUCAUGAAGAGCUAGUUCUUCCAUGUGGUGCUGCUGAAAGUAAUGUAGCCGACAAGCCUUUGCUGUACACCAUCGACAAAGGUCCUAAAUACCGAACUCCUGAUGAUGGUCCAUGCAUGACGAUUCCUGAUCCUAGGGGUACACCCAAAGAAGGUGUUAAACACCCACUUCCUGAUCCACCACCACGUAGGCUGUAGCAAACCUAUCAGUUCAAAGUCAAAAGGCCCUGCUCUUCCAGAAGAAUACUGUAUCGCGUACGAAAAAUAAUAACUGCGUAGUUUUCCCUUACUUCUCCCCAUGUUGUACACUAUAGAUUCUUACUUAAUGUUGUUGAGAUGAAUAUAUUCUUCUUUUAUGAACCUAGAAAA